CGUCCAACCAGCAGCUUACCCAGCCCGCGUUCAGAGGAAAAUUUAUCCUCCAGAGUCAUCAUGACGCAACUGUAGGGAACUUUUUCCUGGGAAACCUCUCAGUUCAGGACAUUUUACUAGAUCAACAAGUUCUCGCUUUCCCGAGUUUUCAUUUUCUAGUUUUCCGCCGCACACCGGUGUGAUGCCAGCCGGCAUGUUCAGCAUAGACAGCAUCCUGUCCGCACGGCCGAGCUGUAAGGAGCCGCUGCUGCUGCACCGGAGCGGCCCGGUGGUGCUGUCCGCCGGCCUCACGGACUCUCUCUACACCGACUACAACGGACUGUAUUCAGCCACAUGCGGACCAUCCCCACCGGGGGUUCAGUCUGUGAACGGGACCAGGAUUGGAUAUAACGGCUACUACUACGGACAGCUGCACGUCCAGGGCGCAGGAGGUGGGCCGCCGUGCUGCGGAUCCGUGCCCGGCCUCAGCACGCAGCAGUGUCCUUGCAUCCCGACAGGCUACGACACCCCGGGCUCGGUGCUGAUCUCUCCGGUCCCCCACCAGAUGAUGUCCUACAUGAACAUGGGCAGCCUGUCUCGGACUGAGCUGCAGCUCCUCAACCAGCUCCACUGCCGCAGGAAGCGGAGGCACCGCACCAUCUUCACCGACGAGCAGCUGGAGGCUCUGGAGAGUCUCUUCCAAGAGACCAAGUACCCGGACGUCGGCACCCGGGAGCAGCUGGCCCGCAAGGUCCACCUCCGGGAGGAGAAGGUGGAGGUUUGGUUCAAAAACAGACGCGCGAAGUGGAGAAGACAGAAAAGGUCUUCGUCGGAAGAAUCAGAGAACUCUCAGAAAUGGAACAAAUCCACCAAAACGUCCGCGGAGAAAACGGAGGAGAGUAAAAGCGAGGUGGACUCAGACAGCUGAUAGCGUGAGCUUCUAGUGGGAGGUGAUGUGGACUCGACGACAUGCUGGUGGUGUGAUGAAACGUGUUGCCAUGUUGCACAGCUGUACAUAACGACAUUCUAUUAUUUUUAUUCUCUGUCCAAUAUUUAUAUUUAAUUUAAAUCAUUUUGUAAUAUUGUACACUCCAAAGGACCGCGAAGCCCGACGGAUUGCUUGACAUGUCUGAAUAUAUCGUAACGUUCUAUGUGACCUUUAUAUGGAUAUUAAAUGUUGUAAUUCUG